AUGGGAAUCCCGCGAGCCCGCUUGCGGGAGUCCCUGUUUCCCUUCUACGGCAUCCUGCCGGGCAUGAAGGCGUAUCCGAUCGGCAACAUCGACUUGCCGGUCACGUUCGGCAGCAAAGCCAACUUCCGCACCGAGACCCUCACGUUUGAGGUGGUGGACUGGAAGGGGGCAUACCAUGCCAUUCUCGGGGGCCCCGCCUAUGCCAAGUUCAUGGCGGCCUACGUCAGCAGCUGCGAGUACUUCGACCUCGCCACCACUGCAGCGAACUCGGCUGAGCUUGGCCAGCUUCGCGCCAUCACUCCCGGGUGCCGCCCUGACCCUGGCAAGCCCAGCCAGACAUCGGCCUUUGUCUCAACCAAUGAGACCAAGCCGGUCGUGGUCGACAACGUAGAUCCAUCCAAGAUGGUGCGGGUCGGCUCCCAGCUGUCGGCCAAAUAG